UAAGAAGGAAAUUUUAAUUGAAUAACUUCAAAUAAGAAGAAUAUUUGUAAGAUUCAGUGGAAUGAUAUAAUUACAAAGUUUUACCAAAAAUUAUUGCAUAUAACAUGGAUCUUGACACGUUAGAUAACGAAGCCAUGGAACAAGAGAUUCAUGUUAAUAUUACAAGUGAUGACAACAUUCUUAUCCACAUCCCAAACGAGAGUCAAGAGAUGUUAACCAAUGAUAUAAAAGAAGAACAUCUAGACCACAUCCAAACCAUUUAUUCUUUAGGUAAUACACAGGAAGAGAAUGAAGACGUAGAUGAAUUACAUGAAGGGUUGGAAAUAACAAAACUAAAAUCUUCCAAGAAACGAGUUAGUUUGACAAUUGAGAAGAAAAUUGAAAUAAUUCAGCGUCAUGAAAAAGGUGAAACGCAAAGAGCGUUAUCGCAGGAGUUUAAUGUUGGGAGAACCACAAUAUCGGAUAUAUUGAAAAGGAAGUACAAAUUUUUUAAAUUUAUGUCUAUGAAUGCUGACAAGGAGGAGAAUUUGAAACGACGAAGAACAUUGAGACGUACAGUGCAUAAGGAGCUUGAAGAUAAGGUCCUUGAAUGGUACAAUGAAUGUCGUGCCGAAGGUGGAUACAUUUCAGGACCAAUGAUAGCAGCCAAAGCACAAGAAUUACAUAAAGAAUUAGCUUACACCGAUAACUUUACAGCUUCGAACGGAUGGCUGGAUCGUUUCAAAGUUCGAAACGGCAUAAAGCUUUGUGGAUUACGUGAGGUGAAGACAGAAAGCGAUAUAAAUGCUGUGGCCCCUUUUAAGGCUGAAGUUGAAUCAAUCGCACAGUGGUAUAAUUUAUCGUUAGAGCAAAUUUAUAAUGCUGACGAAUCAGAUUUAUUUUGGAAAAUGCUGCCCAAUCCUGAUUCCGAUGUGAAUGAAGUGAAAGCAAGUGUGAGAGCAUAUCGUGAGCGAAUGACGAUUCUUUGUUGUUCAAAUGCUACUGGGACGCAUAAACUUCCGCUUGCAUGUAUUGGACGUGGAAAGAAGUCAAGAACAUUCACUUCACAUGAAAUUAAGACAUUGCCAGUUAAUUAUUAUAGCCAAGAGACAGCUUGGAUGGAUCAAGAUAUAUUCCGUGAAUGGUUUCACUCACAAUUUGUGCCUAAUGUUCGACAAUAUCUUAGAUCUGUAGGAUUAAAUGAAACUGCACUUUUACUCAUUGAUCGAUCACCUUCACAUCCAUCUGAUCAAUUCCUACGAUCUGACGAUGGAUUCUUUUUCUGUCAAUAUUUUCCUGCUAAAGUUAAGACACUCAUUCAACCAAUGGAGCAAGGAAUCCUCUCUUCAACAAAGCGACAUUAUCGUAAAGAACUUCUCAAUGAGCUUAUUAAACAAGGAACACCAAUUAGCGAAUUUCAGAAAGGAUUAACAUUGAAAGAUGCAAUAAGAGGAAUCGCACGUGGAUGGGAUUCAGUUUCUGAAGAAGUCAUUCGAAAAUGUUUUUCAAAGAUUUUCCCAGCCACAAUGGAAAAUUUACAAUUUGUGUGUAAUGACAAUGAAGAUUCAAUAGUUACAAGUGCUUUUGAGAAGCUGAUAAGUCAAAUUGUUGAAUGUUAUAAUUAUCCUACUGAACGAUUAGAAAAAUGGCUCAAUUGCGAUGAAGCUGAACCACAAAAGUAUAAUUCAUUUAAGCCUGCUUUAAAUGAAACUCUUGAGCAUAUUGACAUGCAGGAAGAGAAUCUUGUUUUCAUUGAUGAACAGCAGGAAGAUGUUCCUGAUACAAUUCAGAUUAUAGGAUCAGUUUCAAUCCCACAAGAUAACAACCAAACAAUACUUGAACAAGAUACCGAUGAAGAUUUAAUUGAAGAGGAACAAGAGAUGUUAAAUACAGAAGAAAUUAAAAUUCAACAAUCUCACGAAUCAAAUUUCUCGCAAGAAGAGAAUAAUGGCGGAGUUACUUGCAAACAAGCUUUAGAUGCUCUUCAAACUCUUCUUAAAUUUAUGAAGAGUGACUCGGAAAGUCGCUACAAAGAUGUCAUGAUGUUACAAGAACUCAAACAGAAGCUGAAAAAUAGAAUCAUUGGAUCAUCCCAAAGUAGCUGUAAAAGUGAAAUGGAAUAUUCAUAAUAAGCUUUGUUUCAGUAAAUAAAAGAAAAAUGUUUAUUUUUAAGAGAAAAGAUUAAUUGAAAGAAAUGUAUUUAUUCUAGUUUUCAAUAAUUUCCUCUUUUACAGCUUCGAUUAAAUUUUCUUCUUCUCCUCCAUCAUCAUUUGCUGAAACUUCAAUUUUGUCCUCAGCUUUUCUUUCCCACAAUUCAUUCAAAUUGUACUUUUUCAACUGUAAGUAGUUUGGAACAACUGACAGUAAGCAAAUUCCUUUGAUUAUUUCAACAAUUAUACUUUGUUGAGCAUCUUUUAGAUCAACUUUGUUAGCUGAAUUCUUUGACGAUACCAGAUCCGCCAAUUCUUUAAUAACAUCAUCACGUUUUAAUUCGUUGUUGAAUCGUUUGUUAAAGUUUAUUGCAAAUGUUGUAGGCACUGAGAAAUGCUUAUCAAAGAGCUCUUCAGCUUCUUUCUUAAUGUCAUCAAGUUUUGCUUUACAAACUGUUUCAAUGGGAAGAAAUCGAAGUGUUACUUUAGUUCGUCGUCUCUUGGUAGCAGCGAGAUCACGUACAAUAUUCGAUCCUAAUUCGAGUGGAUUCUCUAUCGAUGUCUUUAUAAACAAAAGAUUUUGAACUCCUGUAUCAACAGAUUGAAAAUUAUGUGAGCGAUUUUUUACUUCUUGCUUUGUUUUUUCAAUUUGAUUUUGAAUAGCAUUGGCAAUGUCGUCCUCGUCAUCUUCAUUCUUUUCAACAACCUCUUCUGACUUUACAGAUUCUGGUUUUAUUUUCUCAUAAUAUUCAUUUAACAAUGAAUAAACUUCACGAAUUGAAUCUCGUUCUUUAAAAUUGCACGUCACUAGAAAUCCUCGUUCUGCACUGUCGAGAGUAUUUUUCUGUAGCUUACGUGCUUGUUUGACAUAAAAUUGCUUUGAUUUUCCAUCUGUUCGUGUUUUUUU